UUAAAUCGCGACUGCUUGAUAAUUGGGCUACCCAAAUUAUUCGUUUUUUUAAUUCACUCAAACAUGUUCAAACAUUUGAGGAGCAUUGGACUAAUUCAGAAAGAUUUCAUUUCUAAUCUGAUAACCGGCGGUGUUAGCCUAUGCCUAAAUUGCCUAAUCACUAAUGUAAUUUUCUAGCAUGAGCUGUUACAUCACAUGCUUCAUGAAUAAGGACAUCCGAAAAGCACAAAGGCUGUCACAGCAAAUGGGCAGUCAGCCUCAGCGUAUGUCUGAAUGUUCUUGUUUGGAUCAAUUCCCGGACUGAGACAUUUACAAGAAACGUCCACUCGUGGUGAAUCAUGCAAAGUUCAAAUGAGAGCGUUCAAACAGGGCCGACGAACAGCUCAACUCUGGAACAACUGAAGACACUUAACACAGUGAAGACCUAUGUGUACUCAGGAGCAUUCCUGGUCACUGGAUUACUCACUUGUUUAAUUCUGGUGACUGUGUUUGGGACCAGAGCUCUCAGGCAGAGGAUUUACUACAUCCUCUUGUGUCAGCACUGCGUCUGUGUGACAUGCUUUAAUGUGGCGGGGGCAAUGUUGCACGGCCUUCGGGUCCUCCAAACACCAGUCCCACGCCUCGUAUGCUGGCUGAUCUUCGACGUGCAGGUGGCCCUCGGCCGCUGCCUCAUGAUCACCCUCACUCUGAUGGCAGUCAACGUUUCCCUGUCCGUCUGCUGCCCAUUGCGUUACCGAGAGUUCCACCACGGGGCCUGUGGCGUCACGCUGAUGGCCUGGAUCGUCGCACUCCUUAACCCGGUUCUGUUCACCAUACUUACCUGCGUUCAGUCUCCAUGGGAGUAUGUGGUGGCGCCCGACACCCUCUGCUCCACCGCACUGGGUGGCUUUGGAGCACGAGUGUCUGGUCUGGUAAUGCUGUCCCUCCUUGUUCUUCUCUUCAUUGUAAGCUAUGUGGCCAUUUGUGUAGAGGGCUGCAGGGCAGGACACUUCUCACGCUCCAACAAGAAGGCGCAACGCACCAUCUUCAUCCACACCCUACAGAUGAGUCUUCACAUUCUCCCAGUGUUCAUCAUCAUAGCAAAGGUGCCGCUAGACCUUACUGGAAGAAUUGUAAACUUUUUGAUGUUGUUGUUGGCCCAGUCCCUUAGCCCAAUUGUGUAUGGACUACGUUGCUAUGACAUUUGGUCUCAGUUGCCACUGUUCCUCCCUCAUUUUCUGCUGCCUCUGUGGAACUGGUGUGAUUGGAGCAAGUCUAAACACUUGCAGCCCCCACACGCUGCACAUUAACAUCUCCAAGCACCACUGUUGAUUCAGCCUCCAAAUCAAUGGCUAGUGCACAAACCCUCACUAGUUUUCUGACAGUGUGAGGAGAGCAAAGUGACAGCAGAGAGAGGCAAAUAUACGAUUGAGCCUAAAGUUCCCUUCGCCGUUGGAAUUAAAAUAACCCCACAUCAUCACAUACCCUUCACCAUAUAGCUAAAGAUUGGCAUGGUGCUUUUCCAGUAGGCCUAUUAGCCUAUUUGCAUUGAGCUCAAUGACAGAUCAAUUGUCAAAUGAUGAUUCUAUAUUCCUCUUUUUAGGCAACUUUAGCAUGGUAUCAAAUACAUUUUCUCCCCACUGUAUGUAAUCAACA